AUGGCUGCUUUAAACCUCUCAUCUCCAACACACUCUCCUUACUCUCUUCGACUGCUUUCCAAUUUUUCUAAUUCCAGAAAUGCCCCCGCUCUUUCUUUCAAUUCCCUUCCCAACCCCGCCGCUUUCUUCCACUCCGCAUCCUUCAAGCACAGAUCGCCGGCGAAGCGCCGCCGCCCCGGCCUCGUCGUCUCCGCGCUGCAGAAGUUGUCGGAGACUGAGUCGGUGACGGUUUCCUCCGAUUCUGACGGAAACUUCCCGUCCGAGUCCGGUGUUUACGCCAUUUACGACAGCGGCGGCGACCUUCAGUUCUAG